UAUUUUGUCUUUACAGAAAAUGCUAAGAAAUUGUACAUCAGAAUGUUCAGUCGGAAGUUAAACUGGAUUCCACUGAGUAAACUAAACUACCCUGAGAUAGCUGAUGAUUUAUUGCCAUAUUUACAAGAACUUAUAGAAAAUGGAUUAAUUUUUUGUGGUGAGUAAACAAUUUAUUUUUAACUAUUGGGUUUAUACUUUGGUUAAAAGGAAAUAUUGUGUUAUGCUUGAAAUUUGUGUAAGGGAUAAUAUUGGGGAAACUGAAUUCAAGUAUUAAGAGAAGGCAAAAGGAUCAUGUGUUAAUUGAACACUUGAAAAAAGACACAAAAUAACAAACAUGUCAGCCAAAAACCUUCUGCACCAAUCAAUAAAUGAUGGCACAAGUAAUUAGUAAAAUAAAAUAAACUUAAGUCUCAAAUUAGGACUUGCUGUGUCUAACUUCUCUGUCAUUCUAAUAAAAGCCGUGCGUAUACAUAAAGUGUUCAAAUUUCUAUACCCUAAACUUGCCAUGGACCAUAAUUAAACAUUUUAAUUUAAAACUAGAUGAUAACCUAUUUGACUUGGAGGAAGUACUGAACGCAUUAUCAGCACCUGACAUAAAAUUACUUGCCAAGUCCUACCACAUGGUGACUGCAGUGUGCCAAAAGGGCCAGUUGGUACAAGAGCUUCUAAAGAAAUGCCAACAAAUGAGUACCAUCACAUCAAUGUUUGGAUCUAAUUCAGGGGGUGUGGCUAAAAAAAUGCUGGUGAAGUAGGUUCUUAAGUGUAUAGCCCUAUAUUUAUCUGUAUUUUUUUUUUGAGCUUUGUACCCUUUUUUUUAUUAUCAAUUUUGUUCUUUGUGAAUUACACAGUAUAAUUGAGAUGAUACUGUAAAAUAUUAUGCCAGCUUAACCCUUUUAACUAAGUUACAUAACAUAAAAGCAAUUUUAAAAAAACAACAAAUAUUCAUUAUCAACAGGGCCAAAAAGUUUUUGAAUGGUAUCUACAAAUUGAGACCUGAAACAAGAAAGGUUUUUGUUAGAGUUAUGAUGCUAUUUUCUGUGGUUAACACAUCUGUUGAUGAAGAUUCUGGAAAUGGAGGUCAAGGACAGUUGUAAGUUGCUUUUUUAUUAUAAGCUAAUUCGCUUUUAAUUAAAUAUCCAGUUUCGAUUUGAAUUCCAUGUACUUAUAUAAAAGCAAUAAUGUGAUUGCCAAAAAAGAAGUAAAAAAUUAUUAAAAAACAAAUGUAAAAACUUUCAGGUUUCAGAUGUUAAUGGUGAAUAUGGGCAAAGUCAUCUAUCCAUCUUAUACUGUUGACAAGGUUCACAACAUCUUCCAAGAGAGGGAGGAUGUAAUAAGGUGUGGAAAUUUUAAACAUUUUCUAAAUGUCUUAGUCACAAUAAAUCUUUCCUCUCUACCUCAUCUGCUACCAGUAGAUAAAAUUGUUUUUAAAAAAAACAUUAUUUAAAAUUUAAUAUAAGCUUAAAUUAAACCUAUAAGACAAUUGUCAUAAAAAUUUCAGUUAAUUUCAAACUGAUUUUUUUAUCAUGGUCUUGACCUCAUUUUUAUGAUUCUUAAAAGUGUACAAGUAUUUAUUUUAGCCUGACAGUAUGAAUGUCUUUUGGAGGGAAAAUAAAAAUGUGUGUAAUUUGUUUGUUUUUUUAUAUUAGAUGUAUUUUUUUAUUUCUAGGUUUGAGGAAGCUCUACAGCUUGAGUCAGAUUUGCUUCACUGCACUCUUCGAGGUUCAUGGGAUAAGGCGUAUGAGAUUUACCUGGAAGUGGAAGAAAAAUCAAAGCUGAUGGAAGCCAACGAAAGUAUAACUAAGUAAGCAGUUCUAAAUAUUAUAAAUACAUAUUUUAUGAUAUUGGAUGUUCAGAAUCACCACUUAAUUUGUAACUGAAAUAUUUUCUGAGUGCUAAAAUACUUUAAAAUUUAGGGAAAACAAGAUUUUAUCUGGGUUUUUUUUUUUUAUAAAAUUAUAAGUAUUUUUUUUUUUCCUUUGUCAAACCAAAGAUGGAAUAAUGAUUUGCCUGACUUCCUGCGAUGUUACACAGCGUCCUCUGUCAUCAAUCGCUUGUUGAGUAUUGGUGUAGAGAUACUUCAGCGUCGUAAAGAUUUUUCUGGGGCUGUUGACCUUCUGCGUAGGCUUCUUUCCCAGACCACUUACAACUGCAGUCAUCGUGGUUACUGGUGGGAACGAUUGGCCCUGAAUCUUGAUGCUCACCUUAAAGAACCCCUAGAGGUUAUAGAGAUUUUGUUGUUUUUAAACAAACAAAAAAAAGUUAAACUUACUUAAGGAUUAUUUAUUUCUUAUCUAAGAACUGAAUUAUUUUUUUAAAAUAUCUACUAUGUAAAUCUCAGUCUGUAUGUUUGUAAAUGGGUCGAUAAAACACAAGAAAACCAAACAAUGGAUUGAGCCCAAAUUUGACAUGGUCAUUCCUCCUGACCUAUAGAUCGUUCCUGGAAAGUUUGGUUAUAAUCCUCUUAUCCCAAAAGAUAUAAUUUUUUUAAAAAUCAUCAAAUGUAGAAAGUACAAGUUGUAUGGCCUGGAGGGACUAGUAGAAAUUUAAAAAGCAACGUCUUUGCAAUGUCCCUCAGAUUUAAAUGAGAUUAAAUUUGAAAAGUUUACUGGGGUACUGCGCCAUAUUAAACCACCUAAUAAUAACAAUAAUAGUGCCUCUAUCUUAGGGAUAACUAAAAUAGACCACCUUUGUAAUGGGCUCCUGCCGGGGAUCCUAUUUUAUUUUAAUUGAUAAAUGGCUAUAGUUUUAGCAUUGGUGAAUACCUUUUUUUAAUAAGAUAUAAUUUGUCUUUAAAUCAUGGUUUAUAGCUAUACUCAGCUUGAAAGUUUACUGAAAAGAGGUGGACCCGCCAAAUAUAUUUUAUAUUUACUUAUAUUUUAUAUUUACUUAUAUAGAAUGGAGAGUUGAGAUAAAAUGUUAUUAAAAACUGAUGUAAGAAUAUUUUACUGACAACAGUAUAAAUAAUGUUAACCAUCUUGUCUUUGGAUUUCAUGGUUUACUUUGGUCAAUAAACUACAACUUAUAAGCUCUGAAUGAACAAACUACGCUAAUGUCAUGCACCAGUGAAUACAUUUAUUUGUGUGUUUGACUCUUUAUUUGGUGAGUGGUUACCACAUUUUGUGGCCAGCCAUAUUUUAAGACUUAGUAUAUAAGUUAACUGGCAAUAAUGGCAAAUAAUUAUGCUAAAUUAGAUAUAUUUAUUAUUGGAUUUGGUUCUCUUGAGAUUUUUUUUGUACCAUAAAUUACAUUGCCUUCUAUAUUUAGCAACAAUUUCACUGAUUCUUUAAUGCCUCUUGUAUUCAUCAGUCACUUGAUGCUGUUGCUCAGGGCUUAUCUGAUAGCUAUGUGCGUAUUGGGCACCGGUAUGCUUUGUAUCUCCGGGCAGAGAACAUAUGCCAGAGACCCAGGUUAAAGUUGAAUGACAAACUGCAAGAGUUCCACCACGAAACUGUUGAGGAGACACCCAAGGUGUUAACAAACUAAUUUCUCAUAUCAUUAUUUCUGUUUAAGUAAAUAAAAUUUCUAACAUCUGAAAAGUAAAGUGCAAAACAUAGAAUAAGGGGCUGAGGUCAAUUUCCAAGAAGUGUUUAAAAAUAUUUUCCAACUAAUUUCUUUUCUCUAAAUCCAAAUUUAUAUACUAACCUUAAUGAUUGCUUGAUGAAUUUUUUAGGUUUACAUAGAAGGAAGAGUUCUCCACCAAGAUGUCAGUACAAAUGGUACCAAAUUUCUCACAGAAGAAUCCUAUGCUGAUGGCAAUGCUGAAGAUAUGACGGUGUGUGGUGUAGAGGAGUAUGUCAUGGGUUAUUACAAGAAAAAAGGUUACCCUUCAGGUACUAUUAUUGUUUUCACUGAUAACUAACAAAAUAUUUUUUUGUGAAAGGACAUUUACAUAUGUUCUUGCUUCUUCUAACAUAUUAUUUGUCAACACAGUGUCCUUUCUUCAAAAUAUAUGUUGAAGUAUUUAGUUUACUAACCUUCACUUAAAUCCCAGCAGAAUAUUUUAAAACCAUGCAUUAACCUGUUCAAAUUUAAUGGACCCCAAUCACUGCAUCAUAGGGAGGUUUUACCAUAUAGUAUUUAAUGGACCCCAAUUACUACAUCAUCGGGAGGUUUUACCAUAUAGUAUUUAAUGGACCCCAAUCACUGCAUCAUUGGGAGGUUUUACCAUAUAGUAUUUAAUGGACCCCAAUCACUGCAUCAUCUGGAGAUUUUACCAUAUAGUAUUUAAUGGACCCCAAUUACUACAUCAUCGGGUGGUUUUACCAUACAGUAUAUAGAAUUUAAAAUAGACUUCAAAUAAUUGUAAAAAGAAGGUAUUUAACAUUUCAUUUUUUUUUAAGUUUUUAGCAUUUUUCUGUUUAUGUAAGCCUAAUAAUUUUUGGGGUUUUUUUAACUUUUUUCAGGGAUUCAUGCAGAAGGCUCAAUAGUGUCUACUCUUUUUGGUCUUUUCUUCUGGGACAUUAUAUUUAUGACCCUACCUGAUGCGUUCCACAGUCCAUUCCAGGCAUUGCCUCUGGAUUUAUACUCAGACUCGUUUUAUUCCAGGAGAAAAGAUGUCAUAGAAGAGAGGCUUGUGAAACUUGCACAAAGUUCUGUCGAGGUAACUGAAAUGUUAAAAUUAAACAUAUUUUCUCUAAGUACAGAUUUAUGAAGUAGAAAAUUAUUAUUUACAUCUGUACUCAUUUUAUUUCAACAAUUGUGAUUUUUACAUUGAUAAGCAUUGCCCUGCUUUUAUUCAAAAUAUUAGUAUUAGUAAUAAUGGGGGGGGGGGGGGAAGGGGGAGAUAUUUGAAGGGUUCUUGUUUUAUUUUUUUUUAAUUUAAAAGGUAAUCAGAAUAUGUUUUAAGAGUAAACUUUACCUUGAGUUCUUCAUGGAAUUAAAUAACUUUUGAAACAUCACCCAGCUGUAGUUUUAAAUUUCUUUUUCUUUACAGUUUUAAAUUCUAAAACAAUUUUGCUACAAAAUAAAAAUUUAGGCUUAAAAUUACACACUUGAAAUUUUUGAUACAUUGUUAAAUACACUCCAAUCAUCUAGGACUUACAAAUAUUGUGUGAAGAGACGUGGAGCAGCCAUGAAGGUUCACAAUGUGUUGGAUUAGGCUGGGAGAGAGUAAGGUCACUUGAGUCUGUCAAGGUAAGGUUGUCUCUUAAUUUUAGUAAAAUCCUGUUUGUAUGACCCCAGUUGAUGACUGAAACUUGCCCUUUUUCAUUGUUGUUGUAGAGUUAAAUCAUCCAACUGAAUCCUAUAAAUGUCAAAUGUGACCCUUACCUUUCUGGAGAUUUAUACUUUGUUUAACUUUUUUUAUAGUUAGAGAUACAUGAUUUUUUUUAAAAAUUAGAGCGUAAUUUACAUGGCUUUAAAUAAUUGAUAUAUUAAUGUAUCUCAUAUAUAUUUGUUUUUCAUUAUCAGGAAAUAAUAGCUUGCAUGGGUGGGAAUGUACUAAGUGGUCUGCUUGCAAGACAUGCACGUUGCCCACGACACACAAGAAGUGGAUUUCCAGAUCUCACACUUUGGAAUCCCCACACUGGUGCUUUAAAGGUAUUUUUAAGUUUCUCACAUAACAACUUAUGAGAAGAGGGCAGGUUCUCACUUAGUACACCAUUGAACACAUCCAUAAAACUGAAAGUAUUGCGACUAAAUUCAAAUCACAUCUUUUAGUGAUACAGCUUAAAUUAUAGUUAUUUGGUUUGAUUCUGUUUCCAAAUAGAAAGGAAAUGCUUCUUUUUUUUUUUACAGGUAAUCUUUAAACAGUUAACUGAAAUUAAAUUUGUAACCUUUUCUUUCUUAAAUUAACAACUGCUUCCAAUUAAAUUUUAUCAAUUGGUAUAUUAAUUAAUCAAUUUUAUUUUUUGGGAUUUGUUUUUUAAAUUAAAGUAACCCUUGUACCUACAGUAUUGUAGGAAAUGAAUUAAGAAUCUUUACCUUAUUUAAAGACUAUACUUUUAAUCAAAACAUACAAAAAAUUUAAAAUUAAAAAAAUUAAUUUCUAUAUCACUCAAAGUAAAGAAAUAAAUCACGACAGUCAUUACAUUAAUCGGUUAAGCUUUUUCAUAUUAUCCUGUAAGCUUUUCAAUCCUUAUAACUGGAUUUCUAUUCCAUGUUUUUCAAUAGUAUUUUUCCUGCUGUAGAUUAACACAUUUAAAGUAUUGCAUGCCCUGUUACAGAUUUGUGAAGUGAAAGGCCCAGGUGACAGGCUGUCCCACAAACAGAUUCUUUGGAUUGACUAUUUGAUAAAAUUAGGAGUUGAUGCAGAAGUGUGUCAU